CACGUGUACCGGCAAGCGAUCUGAUUUUACUAAAACAACCUAACUGUUUUCUGUAAUCCAAUAUGAGUUUUGCUCAACCAAAAACUAUUAUAGACGAAGGCGAUACUGUAAUUCUUUACUUGACGAUCACAAAUGUGUAUGCAAUCGAAGCCAUUCCUCAGAUUAAAAAUAAAAAAGGUGAAAUGGUAGAAAAUGUCUUCCAAACAAACUUCGGUGCUCUAAAAGUAAAGGAUAUUAUCGGUGUACAGUACGGAUCUAAAGUAGAGCUUUCUAAAGGAUGGGCCCACGUUCUGCAGCCAAAUCCUGAACUCUGGACCCAAACGUUGCCUCAUCGAACCCAAAUUCUGUAUACCCCUGACAUCAGCAUGAUACUCCACCAGUUGGAGAUCAAACCAGGCAGUAUUGUGAUCGAAUCUGGCACCGGUUCAGGGUCUCUGUCACAUUAUUUUCUACGUGCCAUCCGACCUCAUGGGUAUUUAUACACAUUUGACUUUCACGAGGAACGAGCGCAAAAAGCUCAGGACGAAUUCAAUGCUCACGGUUUAGGUGAAUAUGUGAAGGUCACACACCGAGACGUAUGUGAAAACGGGUUCGGCGACGAGCUGAAUGGUACUGCUGAUGCCGUGUUUCUGGAUUUACCGGCUCCGCAACUGGCGAUUCCUCAUGCAUUAAAAGCUCUUAAAAAUCAAGGUGGACGUAUUUGCUCAUUUUCGCCGUGCAUUGAACAAUCGAGUCGUGUGUGUGAAGCUUUGGAGCAAAACGGUUUCGUUGACAUUGUAAACAUAGAGAUUCUGCAGGUGGAGGAUAUUGUAAAAACGAAAAAUAUUCCGGUAAUGGAUCUGGAAUUUGUCAAACAUAAGAAAACGGCAUUCGACAAAGAUACCAAAACACCAAAAGACACUAAGAAGUACAUCACUUCUAGUGCCCCAAAUACCACGACUGGACAUACAGGAUACUUGACUGUUGCGGAGUUUCCGCCUUUAUUCGCACGAUAGCUUUAGUUUAUUUUUUUAUCUAUGCACAUUUUACGCAAUUGUAUAGGAAUAAUGAUUAUCAAUACGUUCGGGUUAAUUUAUGCAUCUGAAUGAAGGAACUUUAUUUGUACAUAUAACAAGAUUA